AUGACACUUUCUACCACCAAUCAAACAUCACAAUAUGGCGCACCCUCAGCUCCAGUCAAAUCACCUGAUCAGCAACCAGCUGCACCAGCCGCAUCGGAUUCACCUGCAGCACCAGACAAACCAGCAGCAGCUUCAGCGAAACCAGAUUCGCCUGCCACCGCCAAGUCAACCGCACGUCCGAAACCAUCGAAGAGAGCACAGAGACCAGCCUACCCACCCAGAUCACCAGCACGUGUUCGUAAUGGUAGAAAAUCGGUACAGGUGACAGUAUUGAUAUUCGCCUUCGUUGUGAACUAUCUGGAUGUGGUGAAUUGUGAUGGAGAUGGCGCACCCUCAGCUCCAGUCAAAUCACCUGAUCAGCAACCAGCUGCACCAGCCGCAUCGGAUUCACCUGCAGCACCAGACAAACCAGCAGCAGCUUCAGCGAAACCAGAUUCGCCUGCCACCACCAAGUCAACCGCACGUCCGAAACCAUCGAAGAGAGCACAGAGACCAGCCUACCCACCCAGAUCACCAGCACGUGUUCGUAGAAUUUAUCAAUUAACAUUUGAGGUGACAGUAUUGACAUUCGCCUUCGUUGUGAACUAUCUGGAUGUGGUGAAUUGUGAUGGAGAUGGCGCACCCUCAGCUCCAGUCAAAUCACCUGAUCAGCAACCAGCUGCACCAGCCGCAUCGGAUUCACCUGCAGCACCAGACAAACCAGCAGCAGCUUCAGCGAAACCAGAUUCGCCUGCCACCACCAAGUCAACCGCACGUCCGAAACCAUCGAAGAGAGCACAGAGACCAGCCUACCCACCCAGAUCACCACCACGUCUUCGUAGUCCUCGCGCUCCAACACAUCCGAGAAAAUACUAA